AUGGGGAGCCCCCGGGCCGCGCUUCUCCUGCUGCUCCUGCGCCCGGUCAAGCUGCUGCGGAGGCGCUUCCGGCUGCUGCUGGCGCUCGCCCUGGUGUCCGUGGCGCUCUGGACUCUUUAUCUGGAGCUGGUUGCGUCGGCCCAAGUUGGUGGGAACCCCCUGAACCGGAGAUAUGGUAGCUGGAGAGAACUGGCCAAGGCUCUGGCCAACAGGAACAUUCCAGCUGUGGAUCCAAAUCUCCAGUUUUAUCAUCCCCAGAGGCUGGGCUUCAAGGACCAAGACUCUGAGGGCGGCGGGAGGGCUAACAGCAGCUACCUGAAGUGGAACCAGCCUGUCCCCUGGCUCUCAGAGUUCCAGGGCCGCGCCAACCUGCAUGUGUUUGAAGACUGGUGUGGCAGUUCUAUCCAGCAGCUCAGGAGGAACCUCCACUUCCCACUGUACCCCCAUAUUCGCACCACCCUGAGGAAGCUGGCCGUGUCCCCCAAAUGGACCAACUAUGGCCUUCGCAUCUUUGGCUACCUGCACCCCUUCACCGAUGGGAAGGUCCAGUUUGCUAUUGCUGCAGAUGACAACGCUGAGUUCUGGCUGAGCCGUGACGACCAGGUGUCAGGCCUUCAGCUGCUGGCCAGUGUGGGCAAGACUGGAAAAGAGUGGACUGCCCCUGGAGAGUUUGGGAAAUUUCGGAGUCAAAUUUCCAAGCCAGUGAGCCUGGCAGCCUCCCAGAGGUACUACUUCGAGGUGCUGCACAAGCAGAACGACGAGGGCACCGAUCAUGUGGAAGUCGCGUGGCGACGGAAUGACCCUGGAGCCAAGUUCAGCAUUAUCGACUCCCCUUCCCUGUCCCUCUUCACAAAUGAGACAGUCCUAAGGAUGGAUGAUGUGGGCCACAUCCCUCAGACAGCAGCCAGCCACACAGGCUCCCCAGACUCUCUUCCCAGGGAUGAGCAGCCCCUUGCAGACAUGCUGCGGCCGGACCCUCGGGACACCCUCUAUCAAGUGCCUCUGAUUCCCAAGGCUCAUCUCCGCCAUGUCCUGCCUGAUUGUCCCUACAAACCCAGCUACCUGGUGGAUGGGCUCCCCCUCCAGCGCUAUCAGGGACUCCGCUUCGUUCAUUUGUCCUUCGUUUACCCCAAUGACUAUACCCGCCUGAGCCACAUGGAGACUCACAAUAAGUGCUUCUACCAGGAAAACUCAUACUUCCAGGACAGGUUCAGCUUUCAGGAGUACAUCAAGAUGGACCAGCCUGAGAAGCAGAAGCCAGAGCAGCCAGGUUUUGAGGAAGGCCUUCUGGAAGAAUCGCAGUAUGGAGAAGCAGUGGAGGAGACCCUUGACUCCAAUGACCAGAGCACCAGGAUGCCGGAGGGCAAACCAGUGCCUUCCUUUACCCCAGGGCAGGAUGUCACUGACUACCGCCUUCGAAGCCUGCGUAGACUCCUGGCUAAGUCCUGGGAGGGUCCCCUGGCACCCUUUUCCAAGAGGAACUCCACAGCUCCCUUUCCUGUGAGGACUAGUCGUGUCCCAGUCCAGCCCCCAGAGAAGCAGGACAGAAGACCCAGCCCUGAGCCCAGCCAAGAUCCCCCUCCCUCUGCAAAGUGGCCUCCUGUGCAUCUGGCAGGGAACUUGCAAGUCAAGGGGCCCAGGCCCACUGGUGACAGCCCCAGGAAGACGCUAGGGCAAUCCCAGUGGCUGAAUCAAGUUGAGACAUACAUUGCAGAACAGAGAAGGGGGGACAGGAUGGAACUUCCAGCCCCCAGGAGGGGUUGGCCCGGGGAGGAAGAGGUGGUGGUAGCCGCAGGCCAGGAAGGACAGGCGGAGGGAGAAGAAGAGGGGGAAGAAGAGGAAGAAGAAGAGGAUAUGAGUGAGGUGUUCGAAUACAUGCCCAUGUUUGACCCAGUGGUAAACUGGGAGCAGACCUUCAGUGCUCAGAACCUGGACUUCCAAGCCCUGCGGACCGACUGGAUCGAUCUGAACUGUAACACGUCUGGCAACCUGCUGCUUCCAGAGCAGGAGGCUCUCGAGGUCACGCGGGUCUUCCUGAAGAAGCUCAACCAGAGGAGCCGGGGGAAGUACCAGCUGCAGCGAAUUGUGAAUGUGGAGAAGCGCCAGGACCAGCUGCGUGGAGGCCGCUACCUCCUGGAGCUUGAGCUGCUGGAACAAGGCCAGCGCCCAGUGCGGCUCUCCGAGUACGUGUCUACACGAGGCCGGCAGGGCAUCGAUCCAGCUGGUGGGGAAGAGGUCGAGGCGCGGAACCUGCAGGGCCUGGUUUGGGGCUCACACAACCGCCGGAGACAUGUCUUGAAUGUCCGGGCCCCAGAGCCCAAGCUGUGUUGGCCCCAGGGCUUCUCCUGGAAUCACCGAGCCGUGGUCCACUUCGUUGUGCCUGUAAAGAACCAGGCGCGCUGGGUGCAGCAAUUCAUUGGAGACAUGGAAAAGCUGUUCCAGGUCACCAGUGAUCCCCACUUCAAUAUCAUCAUCACUGACUAUAGCAGUGAGGACAUGGACGUCGAGAUGGCCCUAAAGAGGUCCAAGCUACGGAGCUACCAGUACAUGAAACUAAGUGGGAACUUCGAGCGUUCGGCUGGGCUUCAGGCUGGCAUAGACCUGGUCAAGGACCCACACAGCAUCGUCUUCCUCUGUGACCUCCACAUCCACUUCCCAGCUGGAAUCAUCGAUACCAUCCGGAAGCACUGUGUGGAGGGCAAGAUGGCCUUUGCCCCCAUGGUGAUGAGGCUGCACUGUGGGGCCACCCCCCAGUGGCCUGAGGGCUACUGGGAGGUGAAUGGGUUUGGACUGCUCGGCAUCUACAAGUCAGACCUAGACAGAAUCGGGGGCAUGAACACCAAGGAGUUCCGAGAUCGCUGGGGUGGGGAAGACUGGGAGCUGCUGGACAGGAUCCUCCAAGCGGGCCUGGAAGUGGAACGGCUCUCCCUCAGGAAUUUCUUCCAUCACUUCCAUUCCAAGCGAGGCAUGUGGAACCGCCGCCAGAUGAAAAUGCCGUGAUCCUGAGGGGUGGCCCGCUGGACUGACUGCUUCCUGUUCCUUGACUUGUGCUCGCUCCCCGGUGCCCCUGCUCAUUGUUGAGCAGAGGGAAGGGGAGUAGAAGCCAUGGCCUGCCCCAAGAGGCCUCAGAGCGAACACCCUCACUCCCUUGAGAGCUGUUGCUUCACACAGACAGCUGCCCCUUGGGGCCUUGGAAGGGCAGACCUUGGGAGAGGGACCAAGAGGGGCCAUGCACACAGUUGACAGAGAUGGACCAGCUCCUGGGGAACGCGGCACAGUUAAGUCAAGGAAGGAAAGACCUGUUGGAGCGAUGCCAACCUACCCGCGAGGUGCAUUCCAGCAUCCACCCACGUUCCUCCCAGGGAGUAGUGACCGUGCCCUGGGAGCCCUUCCCUCGGACAUACCUUCAUAGGGGGUUUUAUUUUUCUAACAGAAAACCAAAACUAACUGUCCAGACCCAGCAUUGACUGUGAGAGAGGGAUGGAGUCGUGCAUUUCGGGUACGUUCCCCACUUGCAUACCUCAGACCCACUCCUGUGUAGCGAUGUGUCCCUUGGUCCUUGACCCAGCAGCUGAUUUACAACCAGAGGAGUUCUCAGCUCUACCCCAGGCUCGUGCCUUCCAGAGACGCGCACAUCUCUCCCAGGUAGCCGCUGAGCAGCUGGCCACCGAUUAGGGCAUUAACCUCACCCUCCCGGCAGUGCGAACCUCAGGCUGACAAGAACACAGAAGUGGCAUCAUCCUCACGGUGCCCCAGCGGGGUUGGGAGACAGAGAACUGGUGGGCAGCGGGCUCGUCGUUCCUGGGCAUCUGGCACACAGGCCGUGCAGGAUGGGCAAGGUAGAGAAGGCAGGGGAGAGAAGCCCCUUUCUUGGCCACCUGCAAGCAACAGCCAUGGGGAGACCACGAAGCAGAGAGGAAAGGGGAUGGGGAUGUAGCGAGCCAUGGACUCAGGUGUGAAGAGGAGGUGGGCAUCGAGCAGGCCGGGAGGAAAGGGAAGGGGAAAUCUGGAGUCCCCACAGCCCUGUUCCCCAUGACCUGGCCUCCUGCAGAGAGAGCCCCUGUGGGCCCCCACCCCCACCCCCUGCCAGCCUGCCUUGCGUGUAAGAAGAGAAAGGGGUGUGGGGCAAGACAGAGGAGCGGGAUCAGGAUAGUAAGGGGUGGGGCAUGGGUUUGGGGAGGUAAGGUAGUCGCCCUGUGAUCUCUUCCCUAGUUGGAGGGGAGUGGGCCGGGAGGAAGUGAAAAGUGAAGCCACCCUUUCUGACACCUGGUGAUCACGCACUUCUCUUGCACUAAAAAUCCCCUGGUGCCUUUGGAGCUAGGGAAUUUUUGGCCACUGCUGCUGCCUCUGUCGCUGCUGCUGAAUUGACCACCGUGGUGUGUUGGGCUCUGGCUCUAGAAGGAACUUCAGUGUCUGUUUAGGGAGGGGAGCACAGAGCUCGCCACGGCCAGGAGGUCACGCUCCUGGCUGGUGCAGCAGGGCCAGGAGGCCCGUUAGCAGAGCCCCAGCUUGGUGCUGUGAUAGAAUCCAAGUCACACCAUUUGGAGUUGCCGGGUCUAUCCCGGUGGGCCCUGUGUUCACCAAGAGUACAUGCUUGGCACCUAGGAGAAUGGGGCCUGUUGAGAACCUUCUGGAGGUUGAAGAGAAUCCCUGCCCCCCUCUAAGAAAUCGGCAAGGACAAAGACUUUCCAGUUAAUAGGCUGUAGAUUUUGGGUGCCAUCCCUGUCCCCUGGGCUAUGGCUAUCCUUGGAGCCUGCUCAGGCUUACUGCCUUUGGGAGAGGGCUGCAGGGAGUAGGUGAGAGCCACGGUUGGCUGGCUGGGGUGCCAGUUUCUCUCUGGGGCCCGGGUCACCCUUGGGCAUGGCACUGGAAGGCCUGAGCCAACCCAAAGAGCUCUCCGACUUCCAUCCUCUUGGUGACAGGAGCCAGCCCAGCCUCCUAGACCCUGCUCAUGAUCCUGGCCAGUGCCUUGCAUUUGACGUUUGUUACCUCCACACCAUCUGCCUUAAGGGGGAGGGCCUGGGAGGCCCCUACUCUGUAGGGAAAUGUG